GAUUUACUACACGAGAAACAGAAGCACAUUGAACAGUUAAUGAUCGAGCGAGAGUUGGAUCGUGAGGACUGCCAGAAUCAGGCGCUACAAUACCAGAAGAAUAUAAACGAGCUGAAGUCCCGAAUAAUUCAAUUGGAGCGCUCGCUGGAUGAUGAACGUAAAAAAUCGGAAGAUUUGCAAUUCUCUAUCGAUGAAGCUACGUACUGUGGUAACGAUGUCCAAUCUCAUGUAUAUAGGGAAAAAAUUAAGGAAUUGGAGAAAAAAUUAACAGAUCUUUCUACAGAAACAGACUCCGCUAAAGACACUUCUACUGCCAUUAUUGCGCCGACUGAAGCAUCCAUUGCGGAGAACGCCAAAAUUAUAUUACAAUUACAACAGCAAAAAGAGGAAUACGAAGCUCGGCUCGUUAACGCUGAAGAUGAGCAAAAAAGAUUGCAGGAAAAUAUACUAUAUCUUCAAAAGGAAAAUGAAGGAUUGCAAAAAGAGCUGGUGUACAAAGAUGAGAGUCUUGAAAAAUUCUCAUUAUCAGCAUGUGGCAUUCAGAAUCUGCGUCAUGAAUUGGAUCUGCUUAAAGAAGAAGCAGAGAAGGAGCGUCAGCAGUUGCUAACUGAUUUUGCUCUUAAACUGGAGGAGAAGGAUAUGCUAUUAAACACAUUGCGCUCUGAACUUACUGCUCAGAAAAAUGCUCUAUCUACGGUAGAGAUAGAACGCUCUAAUAACCAAGAUGAAUAUGAGAUUUUACAGACAGAAUGCAAAAAUCGUGAUUUGCAGUUGCAGGAUGUUAAUGAGCAAUUAGCGAAAUUGAAAUCGGAAUUAAGCAUGCAAAAAGCAGAUAAUGUGACACUAGAGGAACUGGUUAAAGUACAGCAAGACAAACUUUUGCAGGAGAAAAAGCAAAUGACUGAAAAUUUGCAAGAAGUCGAGAAAUUGAAAAAUGAGAUAAUAAGUUUGCGAAAUACUAACGACUCCGCAGAAUUACAGCUUAGAACUGUCAAUGAAGACGUUAAAAAAUUGACUGAAUCGCAGAAAACGUUGGAAGAGCAGUUGUCGGCUGCUACAAGUGUAGAUCAGGAGCAUCUAGAUGCGAUUACACAAUUGAAUAUCGUCAUAGAAGAUAUGAAAAAAAAAAUAAAUGAUGCUACGGUAGAAAAUGAUCGUCUAAAUGCAGAGCUUAGAAAAGAACAAGAAUUGAAAAUUAUUGCCGCCGUUACAGAAGGAGAACUUCGAAAGCUUUUAAAAGAUCAGCAACAAGAACAUACAGAAAGCCUAGAAGAAUUAAAAAAAUCGAAUACAACUCUGACCGAAAGUCGAGAAAGUGAUCAACGAAAAUUACAGGAAUGUCUAGAUGAGAAAAUGAAAAAGAUUGAGGCUCUUAACAUCGAGGUUGGUCAAUUAAAACAAGGCUUAAAGCAACUUGAAUCGAAUUCCUCGAUGACCGAACAAGAAUUGAAUUCAAAGAUCGAAGAAUUUAAGUUAAAGGAGCAAACCCUUCUGGAAGAUUUAAGAACUAAAGAAAAUGCUUUAAAGUCUCAAACGGAGGCAUGUGCGGAUCACGAUCGUGUAAUAGCAGAGAAAAUAGAGUGCCUUAAUACGACCAUGAGUGCUCUUGAAACCGCAAAUAAUGACUUAAAUAAACAAAAGCAAGAGCUAGCGCUAACUUUAAACAAAUAUUCUGAUUUAAACAUCGCAAAUAAAUCACAAGAAGAGCAGUGUGCACAGCAGCAACUUGAAAUUGGAAAUUUAACGCGCAAGCUAGAUAGCCUCAAUACAAAAUGUGAAAGUCUGAAAACUCAAAAUGGGACUCUUGAAAAUGAACUUAAUUCUUCCCGUUCAAUUAUUUGUCAACUUGAGGAUGAGAUUAGUAGACUUAAAGAUAAACUCGCUAUGCAUCAGAAGAAUUUACUAGAAACUGAAGGAAGAAAUAAUGAUGAACGGUUGAAGUUAGAAAGUCAGAUAGAAGAGAUUAUUCAGAAAUUUACAAAUGUUUCAAAAGAUUUGGAAGAAGAGCGCGCAAUCACUGAGCAAACACGCAACGAGAUAUCAAAAAAAAAUGAUCAAUUGACUGUUCUUGAGGAAAAGAGUAUUAAACUCGAGUUGACACUUAGUGACGAAAAACGUCAGCAGGAGAAUUUGCAAAGCAAAUAUGAAUCUAUGGUUGAGCAGAAUAAAACACUUGAAAAUGAUUUGAACACACUCCGUACAUCAUCUACAGAUUCAAACACUGAACUUUUGAAAAUGUCGCAAAUGGUGACACUGAAACAAAAGGCUUACGAUGAACUAUUGGAUAAAACUAACAUGGAGCGCAUUAGUCUCGAAGGGCAGUUAGAGGCCAGUAAACAACGCCUGGAGAUAUUGUGUAGCCAAGUAGAGUUGCUUACGCAGGAAAUGAAAAGUGCUACCGAGGAGAAUAUCAAGCGCGUAGAAAUUCUUAAGCUGGAACAAGAAAAAUGUGGUAAACAGGAGCUAGAAUUAAGCGAGUUAUCACGCAAAUUUGAAGCACUUACUGCGAAAUAUGCGAGAAUAGAGAAUGAAAAUGAGAAUCUUCAAAGAGAUUUGGCAACCUUGCGGAACACGUCAACCACUUCUGGUGCACUUGUAACCAAAUUGACUGAGGAGCUUACUCAAAACCAGAAAACUAUGCAGGACUUAACAGACAAAUCAACUGCUGAUCGCUUGCAACUUAGCAAUCAAUUGCAGGACCUAGAACAGCGACUUGAAGCUAAACUUCGUGAAACGGAUCUGUUAAGAGGUGAAUUGCAAGAAGCAAUAAAAUCAAAAGACAAACAAGCAGAAGAGUUUGAGUUAUUGAAAUUUGAAAUGCAAGCACAGUCAACAUCUCAGUUAGAUAUCUUGAAGGAGAAAGAAUCGACCGAGCAAAAAAAAAUUAUCGAAACUUUCCAAGCGCAGCUAAAGGAUGCAGAGCAGAGUAAGGCCAAGUUAGAUGAGGCUAUUUGCAGUCUACAACAACAAAUAAAACUUCUACAAGAUGAAUUACUAAAGUCUCAACUAGAUUUUAAAGCAAAGGAGGAUGAACUAGGUAAAAAAAUCAUUAAUUUAUGCAACGAGGGUGAAGAGAUACGUGAGGUAUUACGUCAAACCAAAUUGGAUGGUUCAAAUUCACUCAGCACUUUAGAGUUAGAAAAGUUGGAACUACAUAAGACAAUAGAGAGUUUGCAAUCAGAACUAAAAACAAUCGAAGAUGAACUGAGAAAAAGUCGUAGUGAAAUCGAACAGUUAAAAAAAGCUGAGUCAAGUGUACUUCACGAUGCCAAGGAGUUCCAAAAAGAAAUUGAAUCAUUGAAAGGUGCAUUAGAUGUUGCGAACACUGAAGCCCAAUUUAGAACGAAAAUGGCAGAAGAGGACAAAAGUAAGAUAGAGGAAUUGAGGAAAAUGGUGGACACGGUGCAAGCAGUCAACACAAAUAUUUCAGCAACCAAUGCGGAGAUGUCGCAUGCACUGCAGUCCUUAGAACAAGAAAAAUGUGAAACAGCCCAUAUAUUCGAACUUUUUGAAAUGGAAUCUGAUCAAAAUAUGGAAAAACUUGGUGAAAAGCUGGUCGACUUGAAGCAGAAAUUAAUUGAUGCGCAAGCUCACAUUGAACAAAAAUCCGCAAUUAUAACGGAAAAAGAAAGUGAACUGUCCAGUAUCUUGGUUAAAUUUGAAGCAUCACAAACGGCUUUAGUAGGAUUACAGAGCACAUUAUUAGAUCAGACCACAAAAAUCUCUGAAUUGAAUACUGCAAAUACGGAAUUAGAAAAACUAGUUUAUGAAAAAAAAGAUUUAUUAGAACAACAAGCAGCCUUGCGAAGUCAACUCGACGAAUAUAAACAAGUAGUUAACGAAAUGGAUAAUGAAAGCACGGCUAAGAACGAGGCGCUACACCAGCUGCAGGAACGCGUCAAAGAGUUAGAAGAAGAAAACUUGCGCAACAUGGAAUUUCAAGAAAGAUUAAAUAGUGAUAACGUUAAAAUACAACGAAAACUUGAGAUUCUUGAUUUAGAAAAAACUCGUGAAAUGGUUGCUGCACAAAGUCGGAUCAAUGAAUUACAAGCAUUAAAAGUAUUGAAACCAAAUAAUUCAGCAACUGCUGAUGUGCCAAAAGAGGGUGAAGAACCAGAAGGCAACUUAGCACAAAUAAACUUCCUGAAUUCUAUAAUUGCGGACAUGCAAAAGAAAAAUGACUCUUUAAAGGCUAAGAUCGAAGCACUGGAAGCGUUACCCACAGACUUUACUCAACCAAAAGCUUUUGAAUUAAUCGCUAAGCGGAAACCAGCUCCUCGUGUUUUCUGUGAUAUUUGCGAUGAAUUUGACAAACACGAAACCGAAGACUGCCCUCUUCAAGCAUCCGAUGAUCGAGACUACUCACCUCCACCGUUGACCGAAGCGACAGAAAGAAAGGUCCGGAAAUUACCAGAACCACGAAAAUACUGUGAAACCUGUGAAGUUUUCGGUCACGUAACAGGUGAAUGCGCUGAGGACGAGUGGUAGCAAAACUUUAUUUACUAUAUACAAAUGUAUUAUACAUAUGUUUACCUAAUAACUAAUGAUAUUGAACUUUUCGACUUUUUCAAUAUGCAUACAUAUAUAUUUUUAAAUAUUAUGCGUUUGUGAUAAAUAGUUGAGGACUAAACCUUAUUGUUUGCUACUCAUGUGCGUGUACAUAUGUAUGUACAUAAUUCUCUUCUUUCACUUGGUCGUACAAGCACUUGUAAAGAAGUAUAGCUAAAAUUUAUAUUUGUUGAUUCUAAUAUAAUUUUAUGAAUUCUUUAACUAAUACAAAUUUUAGAUUUGCAAAGAACUAAAGAAAUAAAAACACUCUUUGUGUCAUUACUAUUACUGUAAAAUAUCUGCUUAAAACUAGUUUGUUAUUUGUAAUUUUACACGCUACAUGUAACAAAAUAUAUUUUGUUGUUAAUCGCCGAUUAUGUUGUGAUUUACUUUAUUUAAAUGUGCAAUUGAAAUAUGUAGAUAGGGACAAAUUUUUUAACAAAUAAUUAAAUUAUAUCAUUUCGUUAUAGAUAAAUAUGCGGUACAUUUUUAAACGUUUUAAUUAACUUAUUCAUGGGCAAGCUAGAAAUUUAAUUUUAUAUUAAGUAACCCGAAGAAAUUUGGUAUUGCAAAAUAUAUCCAUUUGAACAGUAAAAAAUUAUCAUUGUAAGAUAUGUGAAGAGAUUUGUGGAGAUAUAAUUUUUUUCUCAUUCCAAAAUGUAUUCCUUUAAUCCUGCAGGAGGUUCUGACGGAGGUGUUUUUCGUAAAAUCAUUGUAAAUUUUGUAAUAUACAUAUGUACAUAUAUAUUGUCAAUAUAAAAUUGAUAACUCAACAGCCGAACCUAUUUGGCUGAAAAUUGGUGAGUAGGUAGUUUGUAACCUCGGCAUGCAUGCUACUUUUUAUUGUUUUAGGUGAAAAGUAAAAACAAUUCAUAUACAUAUAACAAAAUUGUAUUUCAAAUCAUAAUCACGUUUCCAUAUAUUAAUGUAAAAAUCAUUUGAAUAUUUUUUGCCCAAAAAAGCAAAAACAAAAUAAUAUUACACAACUACUGACAGGGUACAGUAAUAUUUGUUUACAUAUGUACAUAUAUGGUACAUAGUGAUAGUUGUUACUGCACAAGAAAAAGUUGAAUCAUAAUUUCCGAUGAUUUCAUAAUAGCUCACGAAUAAUCCUGAAGCAUUGCACAGAACAAUGCAAUAUUUAAACGGUAAAAAUUAAGUUUAUGUUACUUACGUGCACCACUAUCUAGGUUUCAGACGUCAAUUUUGCAAUUACAUAAAUGUGGAACCAAACAUUACCAUAUAAUUAGACAUAGGGCGUGCGACGCGCCCUUUUUUGCUCUACUCCUGCAUUUUUAUACACUAUAAGAAGAAGCAUACAUAUGUAUGUAUGUGUAACGAUAUUCGAUGCAGUAUUAUGCGAAGACUGUGACAUAUUUUACGUAUAAUUUAUUUAAAGUGAUAGCAUAUUUGUGAAAAUGUUGUUACAUCAUACGUACUAAUGUACGUACAUACAUAUGCACUAUUCCUUAAGUGAUUUACGAAGUCAGUAAAAAUGUAGAUUGCUAACUUAGCUAUUCCAUUGUUAUCGUGAUUAAUGAUAUCUUUGACAUCAAGGAGCGAUCAGAGCUGAUGAUUUAGGCUAGUUAUUUAAAAAAUUUCAAAUAUAUUAUAUAUAUAAACAAUUUUUACUGACAUUUGUACAUAAACUUAUAUGUAAGCAUUUAUAAAACUGUUUAAGAACUACGUAGGCGAUCAGAAAAUUGUUCCUAAUGGAGUGCUUGUGUUAGAAUGUGAGUACCAUUUGCUAAUAAUUGCCAAUCUCUAGAAGCUGCUCAUUUGUCGGAACCGUCGAUAGGAACUUUUUUAUUUGACCGAAUGGAACCAAACAUGACAAAACUGCUUAAAUAAUUAAUACAUCCUAAAAUAGCGAUAUAAUUGAAUUUGUUAACUUCAUACUUACUUGAAAGUUUAUAAAAUAUUCUACAUAAAUUUUUAUUGCAAUCAUGUUAUUGAAAUAAUUCUGCCAUUUUUACAUAUUAAAUAAAACAACUGUAACUCAAA